GAGAAGAGUGGACGCAACGGAAGUCGCUCUUUUUUUCUUUCUUGCUCAGCGCAAGUGACAUUUAGGGAAGAUGGUGUCUUGAUCAGCACAAGUUACAUUUAAGGGAAGUGGUUUUGAAGAAACUGCAGUGAUUAUGUUGCUGACCUCGCUUAGUUGCUGCGGUCAGUAAACGAAAGAAUAGAUGUAUUGUGAUUGAAGAACACAGGCGUUUCAUAAAGAAUAUAUCGCCUGGAAAUAGUGAGUGAACCUGUAAUACCACACAUGGAAUGGAGACACACUGGGAGGAUCUUGCCUUUCUGGAUUCUAGAAUGAUGUGAGAUCUGACGGUUCUGGGAACCUUGGUGAUUCUCUGCUCUCUUGGUGUUUUGUCCUCUUUUACCUGCCUAAUUGGAGUGUGAAGACGUGGAUGUCAUAUUAUAGUCGAGUUUGAACCUCACCCACCCUGAGGACUGAGACCCUCCUCUGUCCUGUUCCGUCCUGGUUCCAGGCAACAUGAUGGAGCCCCUAGUGGACCGGCCCGGGCCCCAGAUUGGAAGGUCCUCUCUGGGGGAGAGAAUGGCCUCCUGCUGCUCCUACAGAACCCUCCAGGCCUGGCUCCCCAUCCUCACCUGGUUACCCAAGUACAGGCUGAGCUGGCUCCAGAUGGACCUGAUAGCAGGUCUCACCGUGGGUCUAACCACCGUACCACAGGCCCUGGCUUAUGCUGAGGUGGCCGGCCUACCUGUACAGUACGGCUUGUACUCAGCCUUCAUGGGUGGGUUCAUCUAUACGUUUCUGGGAACCUCCAAGGAUGUAACCCUGGGUCCUACUGCCAUCAUGUCCCUGCUGUGUGCCUCCUACGUGGGGGGAGACCCGGUCCGAGCCGUCCUCCUCAGCCUGAUCUGUGGAACCAUACAGACCGCCAUGGCUCUACUACGUUUGGGGUUUCUUCUGGACUUCAUCUCAUUUCCGGUGAUCAAAGGCUUCACCUGUGCUGCCGCGGUAACCAUAGGCUUCGGUCAAGUCAAGAAUGUGCUGGGACUGAAGGAUAUACCUCAUGAGUUCUUCCUGCAGGUCUACUACACCUUCUACAGGAUACCUGAGACCAGGAUAGGAGACGUGGUUCUAGGUCUGCUGUGUCUGUGUCUGCUGGUGACGUUGCAGUGGAUGAAGAGUACCCUGGAACCCCCGUCAGAACAGGAGGCCCUCCUCACCAGGGCCGCUCACAGUCUGGUCUGGGGCAUCGCUACCGUGCGUAAUGCGUUGGUCGUAGUGGCGGCGUCCUUCCUGGCGUUCUCAUGGAAUGCGUUUGGCUCACCGGUCUUCACCAUUACCGGGAAAACAUCCCAGGGCCUGCCGCCGUUCAGAGCCCCUCCCGUCUCCGAGACCACGCCCAACGGUACCAGCAUCAGCUUCGGAGAGAUCAUAGAGGAUUUUGGAGGAGGGCUGGCUGUCAUCCCCUUCAUGGGAGUACUGGAGAGCAUUGCCAUCGCUAAAGCCUUCGCCAGUCAGAAUGACUAUAGGAUCAAUGCCAACCAGGAACUGUUUGCUAUUGGUCUAACCAACAUUAUGGGAUCCUUCGUCUCAGCCUAUCCAGUCACAGGAAGCUUCGGAAGGACUGCAGUGAACUCCCAGACAGGGGUGUGUACACCAGCCGGAGGCAUAGUCACUGGUGUGGUAGUGCUGUUGUCCCUGGCCUUCCUGAUGCCAGCAUUCUACUACAUCCCUAAAGCCUCUCUGGCAGCAGUCAUCAUCUGUGCUGUGGCUCCCCUGGUCGACUACCGUGUCGUCAUGCAGUUCUGGAGGAUACGCAGUGAGUCGUUUGUGUUGAAUUUGUGUGUCAGUGUGUAUUUCAAAUCUGUGUGUGUGUGUGUGUGUGUGUGUGUGUGUUUUCAAAUGUGUGUGUGGGUGUGUGUGUGUGUGUGUGUUUUCAAAUCUGUGUGUGUGUGGGUGUGUGUGUUAGAGCUUGAUCUGGUGCCGUUCCUGAUCACCUUCCUGUUGAGUUUCUGGGAGGUGCAGUACGGCAUUGUGGGAGGUGUAGUUGUUUCUGGACUCAUGCUGCUCUACAAUGUAGCCAGGCCCAGCAUAAAGGUGUGUGAUCAUGGUGUUUUGGUGAUGGAGUUAGAUAGUGGACUCAGUUUCCCCUCCACAGAGUACCUCAACACUGUCCUAUACACUCAGGCACUGCAGGCCUCUCCUCCUAGGUCAGUGGUCCUGGACUGUCAUCAUGUCAAUACUGUAGACUAUACAGUUGUCAACGAGCUCAGGGACCUGCUACGACAGUUCAAACUACGAGGGGUCGGACUCAUCUUCUCUGGCCUGCAGUAUUCGGUCUUGGAGGUCCUGUUAGCAGCAGACCUGCCGGAUCUUAGACACACCGCCAGUGUGGAGGCGGCACUAACCAUCCUAUCGGGUAGCACUUAGUGACUGACACUACAACCAACCAAUCACAGACGAGAACAGUGAUAUAUAUAUAUAUAUAUAUAUUUUUUUUUUUUAAGCUGUCCUGAACCAAUCCCUGCUGAGUGCACCGAUUACACUCCACUCAACGGACCCUGACACUGAAAUCAGAAUGAUUGGUAUGGAUCUGGACCAAUCAGGGUACAGCGGUGGCCAAGAAUGUCCCUGCCCCUCACCAAUUGAUUGGCUGUCAAGCAGUUGACAGGUUGUCAAUCCCCUUUUUUUAACCAAGGAUGAGAACCGAUCUCUUAUGCUUUUCCACUCUGAAGAUGCUGCUGUGUGAUGGGUUUCUUCUUGUAGUUUAUAAUAAUGUUGUUGAAGGUAUCUGUAGACACUGAUCAAGUCUAGAGUAGGUUUGUGGUUUCUAUCACUAAUGGACAUUUCAAUGUCUCUGUGUGCAGUUUGAAGGUAGUUUCUGGCCCAUUGCUAACUAGCGUUAGCAUAAUGACUGGAAGUUUACAGGAACUGCUAGCACACACACACUACCUUUAUCCUGGGUCUGUUUUAACAGGUUUGCUCUGUGUGUUAACCCCUUCAGAGCCAACAUACACAGAGGAACUGGAGGACGGGAAAUCACUUCUCAGGAAGUGAUGUAAGGAAAGAAGCCCCACCCUCUCAACACUUAACUUCCUGUUGUUUGUGUUCCAAAUCAAAAUUCCAAAUCCUUUCCAAGCCCCUACCCGUGUGUCCCAAUCCUGGUCCCGCGGACCCUUAAGGGGGCACAUUUUUGUUUUUGCCCUCGCACUCACAAACCUGAUUCAACCAAAUGCUUGAUGAGAAGUUGAUUAGUUGAAUUAAGCUAAAAACAAAACGUGCACCGCCUUGGGUCCCCGGACCAGGAUUGGGAAGCCCUCACCGGAGUCAGUGUGUGGAUAGGUGGAAGCAAUAUGGAGGAAAUAGCACUUAGCCUGUCCAGAGAUGUAACUGUAUAUCUAAUAUCUAUGGAAUGUUUUGAUUUACAUAGGUGUUAGGGAUCUAUCUGGUAUAGGACGGGUCAAAUAUCCUUAGACUGGUGAGGUACUUACACUAUUGCAACUUUGCUUUUAAAUGUUCUUCUUAUACGCAUUAAUACAUAUAAUAUAUUAUUGUAUACAUUUGCUUGAUCAAUUAGACUUUGAUAAAUUACAAUUAUUGAUGCCUUUCAAAUUGAUCAAUUGUACUUUAUUGGUUGCCUCUAUUGGAUGAGAAGUUGACUGUCUCCUACUCUGUGUGUGUGUGUGUGUGUGUGUAUUUACCUGUACGAUCAUGACCAUUAGAAGAAUAUCACAUUCCAAAUGGUUUGUGCCUUGCAUGUCCUGCACUUAAUACAAUUAUUAUUAUUUUUUUUAACACUUUGAAACGUGUUAAUUCUUACUUAGAAA